UCAGCGAUCAUCGCCGUUCUGACUGCAGGACUAUUCUCCGAACAGACCAAACGGCCGACGCGGCUGCUGCAGUCCAACACACCCUUUUCUCAUGGCAUUCUAUUUAUGAUACCUUCACAUGCAGUAUACCAGCAUUUAGACGCCUACACGCUUCACAUAUCAUCCUUCUUACUCAGAGCGGCUUAGCUGCGCCGCGCUUAUGAUCAUGGACAACACCACGCUGCAUACGUUCCUUUUUCAAUGCCCGGCCGCACUUCGUAGUGUAGUGCUACUCGGAUCCUGGGACAACUUCUCCAAGCGCUACAGUCUUAACCUUGAUACCCGAGGUGGGUACAGCAUCUGGAAAGGUUGCUUCACUUUCUCGGACAUCUUCUGCGACGGCGACCUCAGCAUGCUAUCACCGAAACGAGACGGCCCGUUGAAGAUGGGUGGCACAUACUGGUACUACUACGAAGUCGAUGGUGACAAGGAGUACCACAAUUCUUCGCAGCCUUCGACAACUGUUUGCCCUUUGCUGCCGGGACAAAGCGUCAAUGUGCUCGAGAUACCAAUCGAGAGGCGCAGUCGCAGCAACUCCAUCGAGGGCUCGUCGGCUUUCACACUUAAUCCAAAGGACCGGUAUCUGACACCUGUCCCUCCAGGCAAGCCAUUGCCGUCUCCAAGACCUCGCAGCGCCAACCGCGAAGCCUAUGCUUUGCCCUUGUCCUCACCUUGGGCUCCGAAGUCUGCCACAUAUCCGUCAGCAAACCAGUUCCUAUCGCCAAACGUAACACGACAUGCUAGAAGCGCGUCUGCGUCGCCAUUGCUCCCUUCGACGCCACUCUUCGCAGACUUCAAAGAGCUGAAGGAUAAGUUCGCUUCCAAGCGAGCUCGUUCAAGGUCGCGAAGCUCACCCGAUGUCAGGGAAAUGCAUAUCAGCGCGCCUAUUCUUAUCAGCACAACAGUCGCCGGUGUUCUCCCGGCGUUCCAACCUACACCUCCACAUUCGCCCAGGAACUUCUCCCGCCCUCAUCGAUCCACUCCUUCACCACCCUCGACAUCCACCAUCACCAAAGACUUGUCACCACUUUCAUCUCAUCCAGUCGAUCCCUUCAUGGACGCGCAGCUCUUUAUUGCAGAGUUGCCAGCCAACGAAACACCUGUGCAGCGCCGUCGAUCCUACAUGCCAUCAACCGUCAUCAGUGACGAAUUCGGCGUUGAGCCUGGCCGCAAUCGAGCCAACUCUGCGGACACCAGACGAACAAAGCGUAGCCUUUACGCAACCAACCCGUGGAUUGCAUCACCAAAAUUCCAACACGAGUUCGAGAGUGGCAUCCAGCAAGCUAGGGAGGUUCAAUUCUUUAAGCCAGCUCCAGUCCUGAAGCAGCCAGUGACUUCUUUGGCGCUAACUGCUGGAGAGCGUCCAUCAUCAAGCUAUGGGGGAAGCUGCAGCCCUGCUUUGUGGGGAGUACCCCUGCAGCAAGACCUUCCUGCUCUUCCUCGAUAUCUGACCCCUGACCCACUGUUUGCAUGCAAUACCUUGCCGUCAGAAGAAGCAACACAUGUCCAAGGAGUAGAUACAGAAGACGCUGUGACUGACGAAAUUUUGUCAGCGUAUGAGGAUGACAGUGAGCCCAUGCCGCAAGUUUCCGAGAAGCAGCGCAGUCACUUCUCCACAUGGAGCAGCUUCGACAGCUAUGUCACUUCGGACGACGGUAUUACAUCACCAACUUUCAGCUCAGCAACGAGCGUCUCCAGCGGCGCGGGCUCGCCUUUGCGCCAGUCAAUCCGCUACUCCUUCGCCGAGCAAGCCUUCAACAAAGCCCAGAGUACAACAAUUGUUGAAGUGGACGAAGACGAUUACACUAGCGACCGUAACUCCACACCACCACAAUUAGACCUCCAUACCCUCCGUCUCUCUGCCAUGUCAUUCGGCUCCGAUCUCUUCAACCUCGACAUCCAGCACUCUGAUAGCAUGCCGAGGCGACAGGCUGCGUGUUUUGGUUGGGGCUUCCAGGGGUACAGUUUGCCUGAAGAUGAAAUCGGGAGUAAAGAGACGAUACAGAACGAGAUCAAGUUAAGACCGAAGCGUAUCAGUGUUCAGCGAGAGAGUUUGACCAGUCAGCUCGAUAUGAUUAUGGAUGACUUCUCAUACCUUGGGGGCGCUGUCGUGUAAGACAGCUCCGAGAACGCGCAUCAGCCUAACGACGCUCUGUCAGGACCCUGUCAGCAGCAUUUGACACUCACAACACAUAUUUGACGGCCGAUAUAUCGCAUGCAUUUACGGUCUAGCUAAGAUGCAGCAUACAUACAGUGCAUCGCCUCCAUUGCGAAGUUCCUUUUACCAUAUCCGCGAGCGAUUAGCGGGAGGCAUUUUGCAAUACAUGACUGGGCUCUCAUGUUGUCUACCAAAGUUUCACAGCACGGCAAUGUUGCAAAUUAUCAAGAUGUAUGACAGAGAGAUGAAUCUACUAAGAACUUCACAACCACUGCUCUCGCAUGUGCUU